AUGUCGCGGCACCAGGCUGCUUCCGCUCGCGGACGCAAACAGACCGGGCCCAGGACCAAGAUGGAACACCGAGAUCGAGCUGCUGCGGCCUCAACAAACGGUCUGCUCAACCGCCAAUUCGCCAGCAUUACGGACGUGCUCGUCAAAGCAAGUCAGCGUCGCAACGCUGAACUACAAGAGCUACAGCAGAGGCGUUCGAGGCCAGUACCCAUCCCAUCAACACCAAAAGCUGCACCAGAGCUUCCUGUCACCCCCGAGCCUGAGCUAUCACAGGGCAGCGAUUCUUGCGACGAUCGUCCCGAGCUUGAAAAACCUUACAAAAGUGACGAGAACAUUGCGAGCGACGAGCCAACGGCGGCUGCUUCUGUUGAAGGAUCAUCAGACAUGCAACAGACACAGGUUCACCUGCGCGGCGGCUACUUAUCGGACCGUGCCGAGAAUCCCAAGAUGAUGCUCGCGGAGCUCGAUUCGUCGCUGCAACAGCGUUCAGACAUUGGUAAUGAGGAGAAGCUUGAUGGUGGCUAUGAUCUAUCACGAAUGCUGGCAGAUAUGAAGCGUGACCUAUUCUCGUCAAAGGAUACUGUGGUUGUACGCGACAACAGUCCGAAGGCCACGGGUGCAAGCCUCAGUUUGAACAAGGAAGACGAAUUGUCAGCUUUGGCCGAGCGUCUAGGCGUCGACAUUGACGAAGACGAUAUCAUGGAGAACAAGGAAGCCAUGCCUGCUGAAUCAGAUGAAGAGAAGCAGACCCCUAACACAGACCGUUCCGAUUACGAAGACGAUAACCUUGAGACUCUCCGCGCGAAGAUGAACGCUAUGUUCUCGCCACCCUCCAACAUGACCCCCGACAGCUCUCGCAGAACCGCCCAGGCCGUAUCUGUUGUCGACAAGACACUAGUCUCUCCACAAGACACAACUGCGAUACUCGAGCCGAAAGGCAUACAACGUCCAGAUAUGAAUGAGUCUGAGGCCAAGAAGGAGAAGGAAGACAUGGUGAGGAGGGAGAACGAGAAACUCGACGCCACCAUCAAGUACGUCCUGGAAGAGGAAGAGAAGUAUCACGCGAUCGAGGAGAAAAAAAUUCUACCAAAUCGUUUGAUCGUCACCAAUCUCGCUGCUAGCGUAGACGAGGAAGCCAUCCGCAUACUCUUUAUCGAGUACAGAUGGGACAUUCGCAACAUCACCAUCCUUCCCGAACGCGAGCCGGUCAAGAGGACUAGAACGGCAUAUAUCGACAUGGACAGCAGGAAGGAGGCGAUUCGUGCGUCUUAUGAGGUUGGAAGCAUCUACGGAUUGGUUGUGAAGAUCAAGUUGGCGGUGGAGUAA